AUGCUCGGUGCUACCCAUCCGAGUCCCCCGACAGUCCAGUCGCUGCCGCCAAGCACCCUCAGCGGCCUCUACGCCUGGUUGGACAGGCUUCCGCUCAGCCGCCCCAAGCGCCACCUGGCCCGAGACUUCAGCGACGGUGUGAUGCUGGCUGAGAUUGUGAAGUACUUCCACCCCCAACUCGUGGACCUACACAACUACAUCCCCACCUGCAACACGGACCAGAAACUCAGCAACUGGAGCACUCUUAACAGGAAAGUCUUUCACAAGCUGAAUUUCUGUGUCUCGGAGGCAGACAUCCGAAAGGUGGUAGCCAACACGUCUGGGGCUGUGGAGCCCAUCCUGUGUGCUCUGAGGGCGAAGGUGGAGGCGGGUGCACGGAACAGGAGCCCGCCCUCUGAGGCAGGUCCAGGGACCUGUGGCCUCGGGGCCAGUGGUCUGUGGGCAGAGCUCGCUGGUCAGAGGUGUGCAGCAGGUAUCGUCCCAGAGGAGAGUCAUGGGAGGCAUGCUCACAGCUCACCCCCUGGGCUUCGAGGGACAAACUCCAUAGGGAUGUGGUCAGGACCUGCAAGUCCCCCAGUGCUCCGUGGCGGGAAGACUUCUCCGAGUCAGUGGCCUCUGGAGGAAAUGGGCUGUGCUCGCCAAGGUUGGGACAUGGUGGGCCAGCCCUGGGAACCCCUAAGCCCCGGGGCCCAGCAGCUGCUGGAGGACAAGGAACAUGCAUUGGUCAUCUUGCAGGAGACAGUGCAGGUGGGCAGCCCGUCCUCAACAUGCCAGCAGGGGGAGGGUCCAGUACAAGUGAAAAAGAAGGUCCAGGCCCUGAGAGAUGGCAGCUAUCCAGAAUGA